AUGUCAUUUGAAAAAAUAGCAAAUGAAGAAUUAAAGUUAAAUCUUAAAAAUUCAAUAUUAGAUAUUGAUUUCAAUCCAAAAAAUUUUGAUCAUUUAUGUGAUUUGUCUGAAUAUAUAGUUAAAUCAGCUAAAUUAACUAAAAUACCAGUCAUAGGAAUAAUUUUUGGAUCUGAUUUAGGAGAUAUUGCUGAAAUUAUAUCUGAGAAAAUUGUGAUACCACAUUCAAAAAUACCAGGAUUUAAAAAAAUAAAUUUUUCAGGUUAUCAAGGAAAUUUAAUUUUUGGUUAUAUAGGAAAUAAAUAUGUUGCUUAUUUACAAGGACGUUUUAAUCUUUAUGAACAUGAUAUGGAUAUGAUUUUAUGCACUACUCAUAUUAGAAUAUUAUCAUUAAUUGGAUGUAAAGGACUUAUUAUAUUUAAUACAGCUGGUGGUAUACCAAAUAAUGUUCAUAAUGGUGAUUUAAUGCUUAUAAAAGAUCAUAUUUUUAUGCCUGGAAUGUCUGGUAGAUCUCCAUUAAUUGGGCUUAAUGACGAAAGAUUUGGUCCUAAUUUUAUUUCUAUUCAAAAUGCUUAUAAUAAAAAAUUUCGUGAAGUUGCAAAAAAUGUUGCUAAUAAAAUUAAUUUACAUUUACCUGAAGGAGUAUAUGCAAUGUGUGGAGGACCACAUUAUGAAACACCUACUGAGCUUCUUUUAUUCAAAUCUAUUGGUGUUGAUGCUAUUGGUAUGUCAAUUGCUAAUGAAGUUACCGUUGCUAGACAAUGUGGUCUUCGAUGUCUUGCUUUUUCAUUAAUUACAAAUACAUGUAAUUUAGAUGCUGAUACGGUUGGAAAAACUUCUUAUGAUGAAAUUUCAGAAAUAUCUAAAAAAGCAACAAAAACUAUUUGCAAACUCAUAUAUGAAAUUGUUAAUGAUUUAAGUCUUUAA